AACGCAGCUGCUUGUUCCUCUACGCUCGAAGAGGCUGCCUUUGUUGCUGCCUUUGCUGCCUCUUCAUACGAGUCCACAGCAAUCAGAGUCAAUAAACCCUUCAACCCAAUGCUAGGGGAGACCUUUGAAUGCGAUAGAAGAGCAGAGUAUGGCUGGAGAGUCCUGUUUGAACAGGUUAGUCAUCAUCCUCCCAUGCUGGCAAUGCAUGCUGAACACAAGGAAUGGACUUUAUGGCAGGAGUACACUCUAGCCAGCAAGUUCCGUGGGAAGUAUAUCCAGUGUUUUCCUGUGGGUGGAGUCCAUCUUAUCAUCCAUCGUUCCGGUAGCCAUUAUACCUGGAAUAAAGUCGUCACUACCAUACAUAACAUUAUCGUUGGUAAACUGUGGGUUGAUAAUGCUGGUGAAAUGACCGUUCUCAAUCACACAACUAAAGAAAAAUGCGAAGUCAAAUAUCAUUCCUAUAGCUACUUCACACGAGAAAGGCAAAGAAAGAUUACCGGACACUGUUUUGAUAAAGAUGGAACGCCCCAAUAUGUGGUGAGGGGAUACUGGGACGAGUAUCUCGAGUGUGCCCCAAUACUAUCCUACAAUGGGAAGAACCCAGUCACAGGCCCUGCUAGAGAAAUGUGGAGAGUUUUUCCAAGACCGUAAGAAAAGGAAAUAGAGGAUG